UGGACGGAGCGCAGUUUCACUCGCGCGCGCGCGCACACGACUGUCACUUUCCGUUUCGGCUUUGACAUUAUUUUUUUUUUUUUUUUUAAAUUUCUUUUGAGUGGCGAGCCGCUCGCGUGUGCGUACGUUGCCCGCGCGGGGGCUUGAUGUGCGCCGGAGGAUGAGAUCGCCGUCGUCGUCGUCGUCGUCGUCGCCGCCGCCGCCGCCGCUGCCGCUCUCGUCGCCGUACGACGGAUAAUCACGCGCGGAGCGGGGAACCCGAUCCAGCGCGGGUGCAGCCUGCGAGUUAAAAUGAGCAAGUCAACUCGAAAGAGACGCUCUUAACAUUAACCGGAAGACGCCGUAUCUGGGCUGACUUUGGCCGGAAGUCGGUAGAACGACGCGGAGAUGACGAAGAGGUUUGAGUUCAACUGGCAGAUCGAAGUGCCGGAAGCACUCCGCACCGGCUGCGUCUUCGAUCGUUGGACGGAGGAGAAGGAUAACACUGAAAUCGAGCUGAAUUGCAUGUUCAAAGUCGACGAGUAUGGUUUCUUUAUCUAUUGGCAGAGCGAGGGGAAGGACGGCGAUGUUAUUGAGUUGUGUCAAGUGAGUGACAUCAGAGCCGGAGGCGUUCCCAAGGAUCCCAAGUUAUUCGACAAGCUGCUCAGCAAGCAUGGCGAACAGUUGGAUGAGAAAAGUCUGACCAUCUGUUCUGGCGUCGAUUACACCAACAUCAACUAUCAGCACGUCGUAUGUCCGGAUCCUGCGACUGCUAAGGUAUGGUUGGACGGCGUUCGAUCGAUUACGCACAACGUCAAAGCGAAUAACGUUUGUCCGCUUACAUGUCUGAAGAAACAUUGGAUGCGACUUAGGAUGCUGGUAGAUCCCAUUGGGAAAGUUCCAGUGAAAGUGGUCGCGAGAACUUUCGCAUCUGGUAAAACGGAAAAGCUCGUUUACCAAUGUCUCUCUGAGUUAGGUUUACCUAGCGGAAAGAACGACGUAAUAGAACCCGACGACUUCACCUUCGACGCAUUUUAUGCGCUUUAUCACAAAAUAUGUCCGAGAAACGACAUAGAAGAAUUAUUUCAAUCAAUAACGCAGGGUAAGGCCGAUACAAUUAACCUGGAGCAACUGAUUACCUUCCUUAAUGAAAAGCAAAGAGAUCCGACCCUGAACGAAAUUCUCUAUCCAUUCUACGACGAGAAACGUACAAUGGAAAUCAUCAAUGAUUACGAACAGAACGAAGUUGCGCGUAAUGAAAAAACAAUGACGAAGGACGGCUUCAUAAGGUACCUGAUGUCUGACGAGAAUGCGCCAGUUUUUCUCGACAGGCUAGACGUUUAUAUGGAUAUGGACCAACCUUUGGCGCAUUAUUACAUCAAUUCGAGCCACAACACUUAUCUGAGUGGACGUCAAAUCGGUGGAAAGAGCAGCGUCGAGAUGUACAGACAAGUUUUACUUGCCGGAUGCAGAUGCGUCGAAUUGGAUUGUUGGGACGGCAAAGGAGAAGACGAAGGGGAGCCGAUAAUCACACACGGCAAAGCUAUGUGCACCGACAUUCUAUUCAAGGACGUUAUAUACGCAAUCAGAGACACGGCCUUCGUUACAUCGGAAUAUCCAGUGAUUCUCAGCUUUGAAAAUCAUUGUAGCAUUAAACAGCAAUACAAAAUGGCCAAGUACUGUGAUGAAAUCCUGGGUGAUUUGUUGCUGAAAGAACCCCUAAAAGAUUAUCCUUUGGAGCCAGGAGUACUGUUGCCAUCGCCCAAUGCGCUGAAACGCAAGAUCCUUAUUAAGAACAAGCGCCUAAAGCCUGAAGAAGAAAAGCAGGCGUUAGAAAAAUUCAAGCAAGGCGUAUUCGUGGUCGAGGACGAGGUUAAGGAAGAUCCUAGCGCGCCACCGACGAUCGCCGUCGUCGCUGUGGAUCAACAAUUGGUAAAAGUAAAAGAGGAAGUUUCCGAAUCUAUAACACCGUCGGGUAUUCAACAGCAACAAUCUGGCACUGGUUCAGUCCUUGGAGAAAGUAUAGAGUUGGCACCGCCUCAGCAUUAUGUCGGAAGUACUUCCAAUGUACAUCCGUUUCUGUCCUCCAUGGUCAACUAUGCACAACCUGUAAAAUUGGUCAGUUUCGACGAUGCUGAAGAAAAGAACCUUUAUUACAAUAUGUCUUCCUUCCCGGAAAAUGCUGGCUUGAAUCAUUUGAAAACCUCUGCCAUUGAAUUCGUAAAUUAUAACAAGCGGCAGAUGAGCCGGAUUUAUCCGAAGGGUACACGAGCCGAUUCUUCCAACUACAUGCCGCAGGUCUUCUGGAACGCUGGCUGCCAAAUGGUGUCGCUGAACUUUCAAACCGCGGAUCUGCCCAUGCAAUUGAAUCAAGGCAAGUUCGAGUACAACGGAUCUUCGGGCUAUUUAUUGAAGCCGGAUUUUAUGAGACGUGCUGAUAGGAGCUUCGAUCCUUUCGCCGAGAGUCCCGUGGAUGGAGUGAUCGCCACACAGUGCAGUGUUCAGGUAAUAGCUGGACAGUUUCUGUCUGACAAGAAAGUCGGAACGUACGUUGAAGUCGAAAUGUAUGGCCUACCAACCGACACAAUACGCAAGGAAUUUCGCACGAAAGUGGUCCCCGCCAACGGUUUGAACCCCGUUUACAAUGAAGAACCCUUUCUCUUCAGAAAAGUCGUCCUACCGGAUUUAGCCGCUCUGAGAUUUGCGGUGUACGAUGAAUCGAACGGCAAACUGCUAGGACAGAGAAUCGUACCUUUAGACGGUUUACAAGCCGGAUAUCGGCAUAUCGCAUUGCGAACCGAAGCCAAUUUUCCUAUGUCUCUGCCUAUGCUGUUUUGCAACAUUGACAUAAAAAUCUAUGUGCCAGAUGGUUUUGAAGAAUUUAUGGAUGCUUUGACGGCGCCGAGAGCAUUCAGAAAAUCAGAAAGCAUGUCGCAAAAUAAAAUGCGGGGUCUGGGAAUCGAAGAGAGCGAUAGUAAAAACAAUGUAGACAACAAAAACAACGUAUUACCUCAUCAUCAAGAGGUAGCGAAACCAAGAGGUAAAUUGCAAGAUACAAAAAUAGCCAGCUGUGAACGACAAAUGCGUACUUGUUUUAUUUCUUAUUUUAUUUCUACAGAGGAAAUGAAGUUUGAUCCAAUUACUCUGGAGACGCUGAGACACGAAAAGGGUUAUCAAAAAGUAUUAAGGAAACAACAAAAAGAACUGGAGUCGUUGAAAAAGAAACAUCACAAGGAGAAAUUAACUAUUCAGAAGCAGCAUUGCGUUGCAAUAGAGAAAAUUUUUAAAGGAAAAAAUAAAGCAGAACUUUCGAGGGAUCCCAUUGUUCGUCGCGCCGUUUCUGAACAGACGACCCAGUGGUCGCUUCUCGCCGACAGGCAACGUCGAGAGGAACGCGAGCUUGUCCGCGGGCAUCUGGAAGAGCGACGGACGCAGCUGUGUAAAUUGUGCAUGACCGCGCAGGUGGCGCAAUUAAAACAGCAGGCCGCGCGUCACGAUCGGGAGAUGAAAGAGAUAACCGCACGGCAGGCGAGAUUGUCGGUGGAGAGCGCGCGGGAAGUGAUGAACGACAAGACCUUGAAGACGCGCGGUAUCAAGGAGGGUAGACUGAGGGAGAAGCAGCAGAACAACACGAAGAAGUUCAUGGAGGAGCGCAAGAUCGCGCAAAUGAUACAGAACAGGGAGAAGGAGAAACUUAAAGUGAUCCACGAGAAGCAAUUGGAGGAGUUGCAGAAGGACGUGAAUGCGAUUAUGGAUAUGUACAAGAAUGAGGACAUGGACUAUGAGCCGACUAAGAUGCUGGCUGAAUUCUACGUGUGAGCUAGCCAAGUUUCUCCGCAAAUUUUCUCUAUAAUGAGAAACAUGUUACAUGGGAGGACUGUUUUCAGACAAUUUACUACUAUUGUUAAUUAUACUUGAAAUUGGGGAUCAAAUUUCAUUAGGUGUCAUUCUUGUAUCUGCUGACAAUUAAUGUCACGUAUAUUGUGAGGGAAAAAA